GUCCAGUCUGCUAAAAGCAACUCGCACGCGCGUACAUCGGGCGACGUGUAUGCUCGCUGCGGGAUACCGCCCUUAAGCACGCGGACAACUUCACUUUGACAUCAUUAAUAAUUAAAAAUAACUCAUUAAUACUUAUAAAUCGUACUUUAAAUUUUAUGGUGCUCGCAAUUUUUUUUAUUACUGUGAAGUUUGAUCAUUAUUGUUUUUAGUAGGCGAUAUAUUGGCAAUCAUUGUAGAAUAGAAACCAUGCGUGGAAAUAUGAAAAUGGACCGUACAUCGCCAUGCCGUCCCACAAUCGCGGAGUGACAUGAUACCCACUUUCGGUGUUAAAAGUCAGAUAUUCUGAGACUCCAUAAAUCCAUCGCAUUUUAAAGUGAUAAUCAUUAAGUUGUCGUUACUCAAUAAAAUGAACACAGACAAGUAUAUCUUUAUAAGCAAUAAAAAUUCACAGUGAACUCGUAAAAUGGAGAAGAAAAGAUAUUUUCUUAGUAAAAAGUUAUUAUGGGUAUUCGUGAUGGUUGAGAUUGCAAUGUUAUCGUCGGCGACGAAUUCGACUACGACAGAAACAUCACAGGAUGCCGAGUUGGAGGUGGCGCCAGAGGUACCAGAUGAAGGCGAGGAGUACGCGUGGAGCGCUUGGGGCAGCUGGAGUGCUUGUUCCAGGACUUGUGGCGGUGGAGUCUCCGUGCAAGAGAGGCAAUGCUUACCUAGAAUAAGGAACACAGAAUCUGCAGAGAACAGCACCUAUCCUCCCCCGGUGAUCACCGUGAGAGUGACGAGAGAGACACAUGAACCUAACUGUCAGGGCGUCGACAAGAGAUACCACGAGUGCAAUGAUAAACCGUGUCCCGGCGGAGCGGUGAGCAGUCGCGCUGCGCAGUGCGCGGCGUUUGACAGGAGACCGUUCCGGGGACGAUUCUACACCUGGGUACCUUAUAUUGAUGGUAAUGCACCAUGCACGCUAAACUGUCGUCCGAUGGGGCAGCAGUUCUACGCGUCCCUGUCACUCGUAGCUGAUGGUACCCCGUGCACGAGGCAAGGCUUCCGCGCUAUAUGUGUGCAAGGGACUUGCAAGGCGGUGGGUCGCGAGGGCGUGCUGUCGUCGGCGUGGUCGCGCGAGCUGCGCUGCGGACGGCGCCUGGUGUCGGGGCUGUUCUCGCGGCCGCGGCUGCCGCUCGGCUACUCCUACGUCGCCACCGUGCCGCGCGGAGCCUGCAGACUCAACGUCACCGAGAUCGUGCCCAAUGACAAUUAUAUAGCUUUGAAGAUAACCAACGGGUCGUACAUAAUGAACGGCGAGUUCGCGGUGUCGGCGCCGGGUACGUACGAGGCGGCGGGCGCGCGCUUCCACUACGCGCGCGACGGCUCGCGCGACGCAGUGUUCGCGCACGGACCCAUACACCAUCCCAUCGAUAUCAUGAUACUUUAUACGCAACCAAAUCCUAGUAUAAAAUAUGAAUAUUUCACGGAAUCUCUACCAGGUGAAGUGGAGAGUGAAGCUGUUACGAAAACUGAUUUGGUUGGCGUAACACCGGCCACGUUUACUGCAACUCAUUUUCGACGACAUCACAGUUAUGAAAUGCAUUCGAGAAAAAGUAUAGGUGGACCAAGGCAGCCAGAAAUAAGCAUUAACCCUGAAGAUGCUAACGCGGAUGAGAUUAUCGUCGGCAACAGAAAGUUUAUGUGGAAGAUAAUGUCUUACACACAAUGUACGAGAACCUGCGGAGGUGGUAUCCAACUGGGUAAGUAUCGUUGCGUGGAGGCCAAUCCCAGUAAGCGCGAGGUUGCUUCAACACACUGCGCGGGUCCCACUCCUCCCCCGAGUCGUCGCAAAUGUGGGACCAAUGCCUGUCCCCCUCGCUGGCGGGCUGCGGCCUGGACUGUAUGUCCGCGAUGUGGACCCGCUACCAGGACCAGAAUCGUCGGCUGCGUACAGGAUCAUGCUAAAGGCAUUACUAAGAUCAGUGAUCAAAAAUGUCCUCUGCCGAAGCCAUCGACAUCGGAGAGUUGUGUGAUUCCUGACUGUAACGUGCAAGUUGGUGGUGAAGUGAGGCAGAUCACAUCCAAGCGCGUGAUCAAACCGAGAGACCACACCGACGCCUUCAAAGAAGGACCAGUGUAUACGGUCAUUGUCAAUAAUACCGUACAAGAUGUUGGACCAGCUUAUUCCUUCAGUGCAUCUACUGCCGGCUGGAUAUAUACUGACUGGUCGGAGUGUGUAGGCUGGUGUGUUGGUGGUGGGGUUCAGACCCGAGGAGUUCGCUGCGGCGAGCAAUCAGGCUGUUCCUCGAAAGCGCCUGAAUCAAAACGCCCCUGCCAACCCAAGUCUGAAUGCGCACCAAUUGACGGAAAUUGGUUCACUGGUGAAUGGUCUCCUUGCUCAUCUCCCUGCCGAGGAAAGCAAAUCCGUGGAGUACUAUGUAUCGGGGGCACAGGUCGACAUCUGAAGGACACGGCAUGUCGUAUGCCAAAACCGGCUCAUGAACGUGACUGUUCAGGAGAUUGUAAAGCUAUGUGGCAUUACGGUGAUUGGGGACAGUGUUCAGGGAACUGCAACACAAGCAGUUCAGGUAUUCAGCUCCGCACAGCUGUGUGCAGUAGAGGUGAUUCCGUCACCAGCGACGGGGAGUGCAGCCAGGCUCGUCGCGCGACUCGGAUUUGUGAUCUCAACUGCGUGGUGCGACCCGCGGCUGCGGCCCCGAAGACCAUCGCUGUGGACAUCAAGCACCAACAGCCUCUGGUUAUUGAGUCUCAAAAAGCUUCAAGCGCUGGUACUCCUCAACAAAGGAGUAUUUCACAAAGAACUAAGGAUCAUAUGACAAAAGGUAACUGCGAUGAUAAGUUAAACAACUGCUUCCUAGCGGUGCAAGCUCGUCUCUGCAACUACAACUACUAUAUUAACAACUGCUGCCAAUCCUGCGCCGGUCGGUGAACAUUAAACAUAUUACCUACUGUGAGUUGCACCAUUUUACUAUAACGAAUGUUUUGAAGUUGUCAAACAGUCGAUUUGACUAACGUUUGGUGCGCAUACGGCUGGUUAUAGUUUUAUCAUUGUAGUGAAAUGGUGUAACUCACCUUUAUACCUACUUUUAGUAAGCCUAAGCUUAGACUACGAAACAAAACACCACUGGUGACCAACUUCUAAAAUAUAUUACGAUGGAUGUUAUUUUUUUGUCUGUCAGUUAAUACUUACCAUAUUUUUCAAAAACUGAUGAAUGUGGUCGGGUCGUUUAAACGUCGUUUAAACGACGUAGUUUAAACUUAGUUUAAAGGUCGAACGCACACUAAAGGUAAUAUAAUAUUAUUAUUUAAUGUAAGUUCUUGUUUCUUUUAGAUUUUUGUUUUGAUGAGAAUUAGAAUUUUUAAAUGUAUAGUGUGCGUUUAUCCUGUACUUUUAAAAUAAAUAAUGCUGCCACAGUUAAAUAUUAUGCUGCCGUAAUAAUAACGUAGGUUUGCUUAUAAGUAGAUAUUAUUAUUUGAUUGUAUUAUUAGUUUUUGCUUUGAUGUAGUUAGGAAAAUAAAUUAAAUGAACAUUUUAUGAUUUUGCAUGCUCUCUGGCAUCAUUAAAAUUUUCUGAUAUUCAUGAAAUUGAUCAGAAAUGAAGUUUUUAAGUUUUAUGAUUUUUCCUCACUAAAAUGUAUAAAA